AUGUUGAAAGUCAUUGAUCUUGAUGUUGUGACUACUGAAGACGAACUUUUACCGAUUAUUCGGGACUGUUUGCGCUAUCGUAGCGUUUUUCUAUUGAAGAACUAUGCCAACAUGGACGCGGUCCAAGCGCUGCUAUCGAUCUUAAAGGAUGAGGAACCUGAUGUCUCACAAGGCUUUGAUCAAGGAUUUUCAGGUGCAGAAAGGCUGGAAAAUGGAAUUUGCGUGGAACAAUUUGUUGGACAGCCAGGUCGUCUGGGCUUACGAGACACGACUGUCGGAAAACUAACUUCAAGGCUUAUUCGAGUCGCUACAUUUUUCGCAAAAGUCUCCUUGGCAUCAGUCGGAGAGUCGAGCUCGCCUUCGGCAGUUUUCGAUGAGAUCGUCGAAAACUGCUAUGCAAAAGUCAUCAGAUUUCAUAAAUCAAUGUCAAAGUCGAUUUUGGGCUUGAACUUCGACUACGACGAUGAAUACAGGAUUCAUAGCUCUCCAGGUAUCAUCUCUGUUUUUCCCGCUGCUCGAGGAAUUAAGUAUAAAAUCAACAAUGGAUGGCAAGUAAUAGAUGAACCUGAUUGCAUCUUAAUUCAAACCGGAAGCUUGCUCUCGCACUACUCGAAUAAUACGCAUAUCACCGACCCGAUCCAAUUUUCAACAGCAAAUUCGAUGCAUCUCACCAUUUUCCCAGACCUUCAAACCAACUUAGGCAAUCAGACGGUUUUCAACCUCUUCCUUAGCGAUCAAAUCCAGCAGUUUCCGCAGGUAGCUCAAAAACUAUACCCUCGAGAUUUCGCUAUUGAAAUUCUCAAGAACAAGGUCGAAUUUUGCAAAAACAUUUUCAAUGUCACUGAUUCCGUUUUGUCGCUAUAUUCGAUUUCCAGAUCUCUGCUGACAUCGGCCCCAGAACUACGCACGCUGCUGCCGCAAAUAUCUAACAUGUUGAAGCGUAAGGUGUCACAAGAAGACUUUUUGAGAAUGAUGACUAUCUGGCAUGAGGCUUACACUUUGGGGUUUAAUAGUAACUUUGAAAUGACAUUACGACCUCCGUCUGGCGACGUUAUGAAUAACUUGUCAAAUAAGUCGCGGAAAUUGGAGUACACCGAGAGGGCAGCUCAGUGGUUUUUAAGCACCGUGCAAAAUCCAGAAGUUCCCUGCGACGUCCCAGUUCUCAACAUCAGGAAAAGACGAGGAAGUGACAAUCGUCCUGACUGUCAUAAAGACACUAUGAAAAUUGACAGCGCAGCUCCUCUGCGCUCAUUCAGUCAGCCGAAAAGGAACAAAACGAAAGGAUAUCUUUCGAAUACCAAAGACAAGUUUUUAUUUAAACAAGACGCCCAGGAUGCAGGAAAUGUUUCCCUGCUUGAGAGGAUACGAGAGAAGGAACGAAGAGCAGCCGCAUUGCUCUCUCAGAGAGAGCGUCAGCAUGAACUGUUUUUGGAUGUCAAAACUUCCCAAAUCUUCAACAUUCUAUUUUCGUUACCUCAGGAUAAACCCUACACUUUAACACACCUCACGUCGCUCAUAAUUGAUAGUCUUUGUGAUAGCAAUAAUCCAAUCGGAGAGAGUGAAACACAUCAGGUCUUGGCUCGACUACAAAAUUUAUUGCCAGAUCGUAUUCACAUGGUUGAAGCUGAAGGAAGUCUAAAAGUGUACAGAUGGGUCGACCUCGAUAAAUCACUUUUGGUAGAGAGAAUGAAGCAUUCGUCUUGA